CCUUAUCUGGUCCAGUGUUAAAGGGAAAGCCAUAAGCAUGUGCAGAAGAUCCUGGGUAACGGGUGCAGGCCUGUAAUCCCAGCACUUGGGAAGCUGAGGCAGGAGGAUUGAAAGUUCCAGCUAGCCAGGACUUCAUGGCAAGACUGUCUCAAGCAACAACAACAACUAUCUAGAAAUGUGCAGUGGGACAGUGGAUGCUGGCCAAGAGACUCAAGAAGGACAUCCUCUCUGAUGCCGGGAGAAACGCAGGGGAAGAGGUCCAGUCUGCACCUGAAAGUCUACAGGAAAGACCAGGUUCUCAGGCACAGGACAGAGCGGAGUCGCCGAUGACAUCAUUGGAUGUAGACGAUGUUCUUUCUGCCUCUUGUAGCUCCCAGCAUCCUUUAGUCAAUCAAUACAUGUCCAAGACAUAGAGAGGCCCCUGCAGGGACUCACCACUGUCCCAGCUGUCUCCCUGUCCCGCCUCCCCUGCCGCCCGCCCAGUUGGCCAGUCCCCACGCCCACACACCCAGGACUGCCUCAUCUGGUACUGAUUAUCCUGCUGCUGCUGCUGUUGCUGCUGUUGCUGCUGCUGCUGUUGCUGCUGCUGCUGAACUCAGCUGCUGCUUCCAGCACCCCCCCUACACAAUGCUGCCUGCUGCCCUAACCUCCCUCCUGGGGCCAUUCCUUGUGGCCUGGGUACUGCCUCUUGCCCGGGGCCAGAACCCCAACUACACGAGACCUGUGUUCCUGUGUGGAGGGGACGUGACGGGAGAGUCGGGUUACGUGGCAAGUGAGGGUUUCCCCAACCUCUACCCCCCAAAUAAGAAGUGCAUCUGGACAAUAACGGUGCCUGAGGGCCAGACUGUGUCCCUGUCCUUCCGAGUCUUCGAUAUGGAGCUCCACCCUUCCUGCCGCUAUGAUGCUCUGGAGGUCUUUGCUGGAUCUGGGACCUCAGGCCAGCGGCUUGGACGCUUCUGUGGCACCUUCCGGCCUGCACCUGUAGUCGCUCCUGGCAACCAGGUGACUUUAAGGAUGACAACGGACGAGGGCACUGGGGGACGAGGCUUCCUGCUCUGGUACAGCGGUCGGGCCACCUCAGGCACUGAGCACCAGUUUUGCGGGGGGCGGAUGGAGAAGGCGCAGGGAACCCUGACCACGCCCAACUGGCCUGAGUCGGAUUACCCCCCAGGCAUCAGCUGUUCCUGGCACAUCAUCGCACCCUCUAACCAGGUGAUCAUGCUAACCUUCGGGAAGUUUGAUGUGGAGCCCGACACCUACUGCCGCUAUGACUCUGUCAGCGUGUUCAACGGCGCUGUGAGCGAUGACGCCAAGAGGCUGGGGAAAUUCUGCGGAGACAAGGCCCCCAGCCCCAUCUCUUCUGAAGGGAAUGAGCUCUUGGUCCAGUUUGUAUCGGAUCUCAGUGUCACCGCAGAUGGCUUCUCAGCGUCCUACAAGACCCUGCCACGGGAUGCCGUGGAAAAGGAGCCCGCCCCAAGCCAAAGGGAGGAUGUGCAGCAUGGUCCCCAAUCCCGCUCUGACCCAAAGACAGGAACUGGGCCCAAAGUCAAGCCACCCAGCAAAUCUAAACCCCAACCUGCAGAGAAACCAGAGGCCUCCCCUGAUACCCAGGAGACGCCAGUGGUCCCGGCACUGUCUUUCCUAGAUGCACCCAGCGUCACCUGUCCAAAGCAGUACAAGCGGCUAGGCACCCUGCAGAGCAACAUGUGUACCAGCAGUCUGGUGGUGACCGGAACAGUGAAGACCAUGGUCCGAGGCCCAGGCGAGGGUCUCACUGUCACCAUCAGCCUCAUUGGUGUUUACAAAAGCGGAGGACUGCACCUGCCCUCUCCGCCCAGGGACACCCCUCUGAAGCUCUAUGUGCCCUGCAAGCAGAUGCCCCCCAUGAAGAAGGGUAAGCCAGCUAUCUGCUGAUGGGUCAGGUGGACGAACACAGAGGCCCCAUCCUCCCUCCAGAGAGCUUCGUGGUUCUCUACAAGCCCAACCAGGACCAGAUCCUCACUAACCUAAGCAAGAGGAAGUGUCCCGCCCAACCUAGGCCAGCCGCCUGAGGUCCCAGCCAGACACAGCCUCGGAAUGUGGUGCUCUCAUCCAAAUAAAUAUUUCUUAACUCA